AUGAGGCAUGAUGAUUCAUCAGGUAACGUUGACGUGACAUCUUUUGAUGCUGAUAACCAGAAUAGGUUCUCCAAAUUGGGUGAUUUGGAUUUUAUGGAAUCGGGCAAUGAGGAGAACGUAUUCUCCAAACAUACCGACAAUACCAAAAAUCACACCAAUGAGGCCACCACAACUGAUUGCCCCACAGAGGCCAGGAGAAAGUUUUGCCCACCGAUUUUCCUUUUCGACCAGAAUAUAAAGGCUCUGGCAGCUCAAUUAGAGGCAAGGACACCGAAAAUUCAUUUUAAGAUAAAGAAUGUGAAUCACCGCAAGAGCAAAAUGUAUUUCUCGGACGCAGCUGUACAUUCGAAGAUUAUGGCAAUACUAAGGGAAAAGAAAAUCAACUCAUAUUCCUUUACCCCAAAGGAAUUGGAGCAGAUAUCGCUGGUUCUUCGUGGCCUUGAUUUUAGAACGUCAGCUGAGGAAAAUCACUAUGAGACUGGCCUGUUUCUUGUUACCCUUCAUCCCGGAAGGAAUAUUGAUGAUAUUAAGCAUAUAAAAAGCGUCUCGAGUCAGAUCAUAUCGUGGGAGAAACCUAAGAAUAAACUAAAGGAAAUCCAAUGUCGUAGUUGCCAGCACUGGGGGCACAUCGCGAAGAAUUGUAACGCUGCAUUUAAAUGCGUCAAAUGCGAUCAAGAUCACGAGCCUGGCAACUGCCUGAGAGUAAAUCAAGAUGGCACUCAACCAGCAUGUGUGAAUUGUGGUGAAGUUGUCCACCCGGCUAAUUGGAGAGGUUGCAGCGCCUAUAAGAAAUACGUUGAAAUGAAACGACAAAGAAUGAGAAAAUCUCAGGAGGAAAAGGAGAUUGCCAAGAACAAUGUGAGGAACAUGGCAACCUCAUUUAUUUCUCCGGGUAAAUCAUUUGCUAACCUCUUUCACAAGGAUAAGAACAGGGUGAAAACAUCGAUCGUCGACGAAUUUCUUAAACUAACUAAUUACUUUAUGGUACCGGAAGAACUUACCAUUGAACAAGAAAUUGAAAAAUUCCUUAAAGAAUACCGCUAA